ACAUACAAAAAGUCAUCAAGAGAAAAUCCAGCACGUAGAUCCCAAUAUUCUUACCUGGCAGUGGUAUAUGUUUGUCCUCCAUAGAAGUAUUCAAAAUGGACACUUCCAUAUUACAGUACAAAGAAAUAAUAGACCCAAGCUUCGCCUAUCAACUGACAAAUGGCAUUCAUCGUCUUAAGAAAAAGGCCGUUUUCUGCGAUGUAACCAUAGACGUUGCAGGGCAAAAAUUUCCAUGCCACAAAGUUGUUCUAGCUUCCAUUUCAAAUUAUUUUGAAGCAAUGUUUACAAACCCUAUGGCAGAGAGUAAAUCUGCCGAAAUAGAAAUGAAAGAUAUGGAGCCCCUGGUGUUUGAAACCAUAUUAGACUUCAUCUAUUCAGGAAAGUGCAAGGUUUCCAUUGAAAAUGCACAAGCUGUUAUGAAUGCAGCAAACAUGCUUCAAAUUUUGGCUUUAAUCAAAAUAUGUGCCAAGUACAUAGCAGAAAAUUUAACAGUUCAAAAUUGUUUUCAUAUUUGGCAGUUUGCUGAUGCCAUUGAUUGCAGAGAGCUCAUGCAGAGAAGCAUGCACUUUUCCUUAGAAAAUUUUUUGCAAGUUGCAUCUCCUUUGGUGGCAUCCCUGUCAAAAGUAAAUCUUAUUCAAUUUAUAUCAAGUGAUAGUUUGAAUAUUCAAUCUGAAGACAGCGUGGCUCAAAUUGCUCUUCAGUGGAUAGCGGCAGAGCCAGAGAGAAAGACUGAUGCUGUUGAGGUCCUCUCUCAUGUUCGGUUCUCUUUGCUAAGUUCCCGAUAUUUGAUGACACUUAUGGACAAUGAAAUCAUGAGAAAUAAUGGAGACAUCAUGAAGCUUCUCCGCCAAGCCCAGCUUUUCCAGUCAGACCCUACCAUGUACUUUGAGUUACCAUAUCCCCAAGCAUCACCAAGGCAUUCCUUGAAAAGACGAGAGUAUGUCCUACUUCUCAGCACAACAAAUGAUGGCGCCUCUUUUUCUAGACAGACUUCCCAGCUGGGCAAUCUAAAUUGGACAUCUGGACAAACUAAACACCAGGGCUUUAGAGACGCAGCUAUUUGCAGCAGUGCUGUGAACUCUGAGGUUUUCGUGUCUGGGGGAAAGGAUAACCCAGAGAGAUUGAUCAUGUACAAGGCUGAGCUUGGGCUCCAAUGUGAAAAAGAGCUUGCAACAAUGCUGACUGGAAGGCAAAACCAUACUAUGGUAAUAAUAGGUGGCUGUUUACAUAUUAUAGGGGGUUUAGAAAGACAGGUAUAUUCUAGGUCUUCCCAGCAAAAUAACGGCAUAGUUUCCAAGAUUGAAGUCUACAACAUCCAGCAGAACAAGUGGAGACCAGCAGGUAAUCUGCUCACUGGGGUUUGGCAGCAUGCCUCUGUCUCUUUUCAAGAUAAAGUCUACACCUUUGGAGGGACAACUGACAUAUCUGGCUCUCUGAAUGAUGCCACUAACAAGGUUCAGAUAUACUCCUCGCAAACAGGAGAAUGUGUGCUGGGCCCAGAAAUACCUGCAGCCAUUUCCAAGUGCACUGCUACAGUGAUGGAAGAGUCCAUCUUUAUCAUUGGCUUGGAGGUAGAGAUCAAGCCCCUGCCUAAUUCUGAAGAACAUGAAGAGGAACAGGAUGAUGAUGAGGAAGUCUAUGAUGAAAACCGAGUAUUCUAUCAGUUCAAGCCCCUAGAUGGGGUGUGGAUCAAACUCAACCCACCUACUAACGUAACUAACUCAGCUUUGUGUACAUUCCAUGGAAAAAUCUGGAAUAUUGUGGUUGGUUCUGAGACCAAAGUGUAUUCCUACAAUCUCCUGAGUGAUGUAUGGGAGAGCAAUUCUGAAGACCCAGAAGAUGCUGAUGAAUCAAAAAAUUUACCAAAUUCAGUUAAAUGCAUGCAGAUAACAUAUUAGACAACUAUGCAUCCAUGCUUUGGCAAUUAAAAAAAAAAACUGCUGUAGGCUUCAAUAGACAUGGAUUAAAGAUAAUUGUUUUUUGUUUAAAAGACAGGCUUUAGCUAUUUUAUUGUUCUCAUGUCAUUCUUUUAUUUUGGAUUGGUUAUUAAUUUGCGAAAAUUUAAAGAAAUCAAAUCAAUUUAUUUUACUUGAUCCAGUAAAAUUUUUAUCUUUAACAAACAACAGGCAACGCAAAACUUUUCGUGGUUCAAUACCAAGCAGUAGUGAAGUGGGGCCAGUAAUAUUUAUCAAAUCUAUGUAUUAUUAGACCCACAAGAACCAACGUCACCACUUAAACAAUUUUUCAACGAUCAGUUUGUAUCCAAGUAUUUUUCUUAACUUGACUACAAUAGUUGUUCUGAUGUAUUUUUGGUAAAUGAAAAUGUGUGUAGCAUCAAUACAAAUGGGUUAUUUAUGUCUGCAAAAAAUAUCUGGUAAAUUUUCGGAUCUUUCUUGUGGUGUUUCAAAAUAUAGACUUAUGCUUUGUUACCAUGGCGAUCAACUUAAAAUUUGGUAAAUUUCAUUAAGUUUCAGCCAUUCUCGCCUUUCUUCAUUGUCAGCUCUGGAGCUGGAUCUAUAAUGCUUUUAAGUUAGAAACUUCCUCAAAGUUAUGUGGCCAGACGAUACCACAGGCAGAGCAACUUUUUGAGUCUCUUAUGACCCAGUGGAGAGUAACCCAAGGCUUGUAAGACCUACUGUAAACUAUUAUGCCAUAUUGAUACUUUUUUGCCAUGUAUAAUAGUUGCAAGAAUUUUGGAAGGUUUUGAACAGUUCCAUUUCCAAGAGAGAAAUCUUAAAAAAGGGACAGAUCACUUGGAGAUCACAUUAUAAAACCACUGCGCCAGUUAUUUCCUUUACUAGGCAGUAGGCCAAAUAUUGCUUUUCUAAGUUGUGGCAAGCAUAGUGUCUUAGCAUUGAGCCAAAAUUUGGGUGGUUUACAUCUCAAAGACAUGCCAAAUUAAAUCAUAUGAAUAAUCAAUACUACAAUUAUCAUAUUAUAUUCUAUAACUUUAUUAUAUAUUACAUUCUAUUACAAUAUAUCAUAUAAAUGAACAUGAGGUACAACCGUAGAUGUAGUUUUUUUCAAAGAAUUGUAAUCAAAUACUGGUAGCCUUUAUUAGUAUUCACUUAAAUCAAUGUGAAAAAAAAAAAAGAAAUUGUAUUGACAUUUUAAGCUUUUUACUUGCUGAUUAACAAAUUCCAUUUUACGAGGACAGCUAUUAUAUUGUUAACACCUAACUAUUUCAUGUUAUCACUAUCUGCUAUCAUGCAGUCCCCAAAAAUUUAACUUGCUACUUGGCUUAAAUUAAAAGAAGACUGGUAGCCUAGGCAGAUUUCAUGAAAAAAAUGUGAUUUCAUGUAAAAAAAAAAGUGAUAGUUCAACUUGUUAAUGUUUUAAAUAAUUCACCUGUGUUAAGAUUGCUCAGGGCUUAUGAAGGAUUUAUAUCCUGAUGUUUUGAAAAGUUAGUCCCUUUUUACAUGAUGUGCACUUGUGAUGUGCUCUUAGCUGUAUCGCAAUGUUUUGACUGGUCCCAACAUAAUUAUAUUACUUGGGGGAGGGGGACAUGCUAUAUGGGUGGAUUCUGUUUAGAUGACUUUCAUACGUAAAAGCCAGUCUAUUAAUUGUUAACCCCUGAAAUUGAUGGCAUGCAGAUAAGUGUACAACUAAAUGUGAAAAGGGUCUUAAAAUCUUUAAUAACAUGAAAUAUCUCUCU